UACUAAAAUGGCCCUGCAGCGGAAGCCCGUCGCAAAUGGCGUCGGUCGAGAAAAGAGCCAUGUGAUAUCGUUCCGUCGUCUGCUUAACAUCGAAAAUAUUCUUAAAGCCGUAUCUAUGGCCGUAUUCUGAAACCGCUGAGAUUGACUGCAGUGUCACUUCUCCGUUUGGGACUUUUCAAGCAAGCGGCUCAAAGUGGUUUUGCUUAAAAUACUGAGAUGGAUUUUAACUCUGCGCUAUCUGGGGCAGGCGACUUUGGCACCUAUCAGAAGCUGCUGGUGCUGUUGCUGGUGGUUCCUUCCGGCGCUCUUUGCGCGCUCGUCUACUUCACCCAGUACUUCAUCAUCCUCAUCCCCGAGCAUUAUUCGUGCCAUCUCACUGAGCUUCCCCAAGCUCUGCUAAAUGCAUCCAAUCUGACGUCCGCUCUUCUGAGGACUCUGGCCUUGCCUCCUGAUGAGGAAGGCAAGGGAACGCUCAGCCAGUGUCGUAUGUACGAUGUGAACUUAACAUCUCUUGUUGAGGCUGGCACUGUGGAGGCGAAUGCUUCGUGGGAUGUGGUGGGCUGCCAAAAUGGCUGGGACUACAAUUUUGGCAACCUCUAUCCAACGAUCGCUACGGAGCUGAAUAUGGUGUGCGACCAAAGUCAUCUGUCAUAUUACAUACAAACAUUUUUCUACGCUGGAACCAGCAUAGGUUCAGUAUUUUUUGGCUUCAUUGCAGACAGGUAUGGCCGAAAGCCAUCGAUAGUUCUAAGCUAUGCCCUGGCAUGGCUGGCCGGCUUGGCAUCAUCUUUUGUGACAAACCUGGUUGGCUUCACCAUUCUGCGCUUUCUUGUGGGAAUGUGCAUCAUUCCACUUUCAGAAGAUCCUUAUGUGCUUAGCCUUGAAUACAUAGGACCUCGCUGGAGAACAUUACCCAUAGUGCUGUGGGCACUGUCAUACAUCAUCUUCUCUAUGCUGUGUCCAUGGUUGGCCUAUGGCAUUCAGAACUGGACCUAUCUGUCUGUCUGUACAAGCAUGCCAUUGCUGCUGGUUGUCGUCUUCAUGAGGUUUGUGCCAGAAUCUGCUAGCUGGUUGCUGACACGGGGCCGGAAUGAGGAUGCGGUCAAAUAUUUGCGCAAGGUGGCCUUCUUCAACAAGAGGGACAUCCCUGAGAACCUGGAGCUGAAGGCAGAUCGGGGGGCCAAAGAAGAUGCCAAGAGGGUGACGUUUCUGGACUUGUUCCGCACACCCAGGAUUCGCAAGCAUUCACUGCUGAUGCUGUGUGCAUGGUUUUUCACAUACUGCUGCUACCACACCAACGUCUACAACACGUCGUUCCUUGGCACAGAUGUAUACCUCUCGUACACGUUGGGCUCCCUAGUGGAGCUGCCUGGAAUGCUGCUUGUGCUGUUUGGCUUGGACACGCUUGGUCGUCGCUGGCCCAUGAUUAUUGUGACGGGUGUUGCUGGCAUUGUUGGCAUCCUGUCCAUUUUCUUCCGCAAUGGUUCCCAAGUCACCGUGCUGGUGCUGAGCCUUCUAAUGAGGGUGUGCCUGACGGCCGAGUAUGACACCAUCAUGCAGUAUUCUGCUGAGGUGUACCCAACCGUUCUCAGGGGUCGUGGCCUGGCGUUUCUACGCUUUGCCGGCACCCUCAGCCUCUAUGUUAGCCCAUCUAUUGUCUAUUUGUCUCGCCUGGACCCCACAUACCCAAUGCUCAUCACUGGUGUCAUGUCGCUGGUCUUGAGUAUCCUGUCCCUGUUCCUGCCUGAAACCAAAGGCAAGCACAUGCCACAAACCUUGCAAGAUGGGGAACUCUUUGGAGCAGACCAGCGCAUCUUGAAUUUUCCUUGCCUUGGGGACAAAGGCGAGCCAACAAACUGUGAUCCACCCAGUGUUUCUGCUGCAGUGAGCUGCUAAGCAUCUGCAGUCUUCAUCUACGAGUGCUUGGCACAAUCAGCAUUGAGUUAGGUCAUUUGCAGCUUCUAUGUCGUUGUGAGGGACACAUUCACAGAUGUUUUGUAAUGUUCGCUGUAUUCAUGAUGAAAUUACGAGGCAGUAGUAAAAAUGUCUCACGAGUUUUUAAUAUAUAGGAACACUUGCAGACUUUCUACCUUUAAAGAAAUUGCUUAAGUACGCCUGCAAUAUUUUUCUUUGAUCUGUAGUAUUGCUACCAAAAGCUUACAGGGUGUGGUAUCUGCAAUACGGCUGAAUGUCUCUGCAGCUUGCGAUUUCUGCUUGGAAUUAGAUUUUCUGCUUGCAUUAGUAGUAUGUGUGAACAACAUGGCAUUCUAUUGUUUUACAGGCUGCAAAUGCAUGUUGUCUGCUAAUUCAGGUUUUUCGCAGAGCCCACGUCCUGUACAUCCAUACAACUUUUUGUACCACGUACUCACUGAUGUGAUCUACUUAACUGAGCUGGCAUAUGCUGCUCUGUGCAAGGAAAGCCCAAAAUGUGGCAAAAGUUGAGGAGUACAAUGUAGGAAGUUGCUAAAAAUGCAUUGUUCUGCUGAUAAAGCCCGACAUUGGGUUUAUUGGCAAAGCGACAAGAGCUUUGUAAGUUUUGUAGAAAUAAAAGUGCCUUGUGAAAAAGAUUUUUCACAAACUGUGAAGAGUUUGUAAUCACUAGUGCCAUAGACAAGUAACAUGUAUGGUAUGGUUGCAACUUUUACAGCAGUAAAAAUGUGCACUUUAUGACAAUUCUGUAAGGUAGUACUACAUGCCUAUUCAUGGCACAGUCAGCUAAAAGAAGUGAGCCACUAAUUUGUACAUGCUUCUUCAUGAUAGUGAGUUGUGAUUUGUAAGGCGUAAUAUUUUACUCAUUUAUUGCUGAUACAUAUAGGUAACGUUGGUUUUCAUACGGUUUCUGAAAAUGGCUGCAUUAACGCGUUAAGCAGAAGUGACAGAAAAGUCAAUGACUUUCGGCGAAGCUGUCGGUCAUGACUAAUGGGAGAGAAAUUGGAAAAUAAUGUGCGAAGCCUUGCCGUAAUUUAGUUAACAUAUAUUGAGCUACCGCAAUCUUUUGACAAUGUAUUGAUGCCACAAUGUGUCAAGGGAAGAGUAGUCAAUGAUAGCACCUGCUUACAUUAUCUUCACACACGAAUGUUUACUGUUUCAGGCUAUGUAAUCUGUUAGUUUUUCAUGCAUACAGCAUGAGCUCGUAAAAUAUGUGGUAGUGAGUGUGCCACGUGCAACAUGUGGGGAUUAUGGGUUAGAAUUAGGACUGGUGGUUGCACUGACUUUUCAGAUGCACCUAGCUUUUUUUUACAUACUGUCACCUUAAAAUUUUUCUCACUUUUAUCCUUAUGAUGAAAAACAGCAAGAGAAAAGCUAAUAUACCAAAACACUAUACUGCUACUGUGCCUUCUUAGUUUGUAUGCUUUGGUCUUUGUGUUUCUUGAAAAAAAUAUAUAUAUGCAACUCUGACUUCUAUCCUUUCUCGUGGCUGUUUUCCAAGUUAUAUAUACUAGCUAACGUGACCAGACAUCCCACUGUUCCAACUGGUUUUGUGCUCUGACACACCCCUGUGCCUCCCUAGUUGGCAAAUGCCAGAUCCCCCAAUUUACUUUCGCUACCUAUGCACCCUGCCAUCGCACUUUUUGUACGAAAUUGCAGAUUAAAAAAAAUAGUUCGUGCAAUAUUUGGCUAAUUGCUCCAAUGUUAAGCAGUGUCCCUUCCCAGGCUGGUAGUUCUUAGGAAAGUUUGUUUUGCAUUGUUCAAAUGCAGUAGCACAGUUAAAUCCCUACGAUCCUCUGACUCCUCCCUUCCCCCAACUUUUUUGUGCGAUGCUGUUGGGCUUUGGGAAUCCUGAUCACUUUAGCUUCUUGUGAGGUGCAUUCAAGUGUUUGCACAGCACAUCCUCCAACAUUUUAUGUGUUAUAAAAUAUUAAUAUCGUGGUUGAGUGGUUGCUGACCAUUUGUGUUGUGAAAGUGCUUUGUCCUUUGUACGUACAAUCCAGUGCAGCAUUUAUGGCUGUAUGUCCCAAAUGCUAGUGUUAAUCAUAUGCAGCCAGUGACCUGUAGCCUACGAAUGACAUUAGCCAUGUUACUUGUGUGUAAACGUGAAGUUCUUUGUGUCCGACUGGCGUUACUUUGAUAUUACCACACACUGCUUUAGUAACAAAUAUUCAAAUGACAUCUUUUGCACUAAUGACUGAAUUAAGGGUGUAGUGUGUUUUGUUUGCAGAAAUUAACUGAUUGACUGUGAGGUGCAGUGCAUUAGCAAUGUGUUUAUCACAUGAUCAUGUAGGCAAGAAGAGUGUCAGUAGGCUGUUAGGGCAAAGCUUUAAAAUGCAAGGUUGUGAUAAGAAUACCUGUGCUGUGGUAAAGCACUGGCUUAAAUAAUGUGGUGCCUCACUGUAUAUGGUCCUCACUGUAUAUGGUGCCUCACUGAUUGUUCUACACCUUGUUGCAUGCAACCUAUCUCUGCAUGUAACCUGCAUUCAAAUCGCAACCCCCAGGAGAUGCAAAAUUUUGUCAGAGCAGUCUGGUGCAAUUGUUCACUCAAGCCAAAGCUCCAGAUAUGAUUUUGAAUGUUUUGUCAUUGCUGCUGCUUUGUGUUGAAGAGCAGUAUGGCUAUGCAGUGAUGCCUUCUUUAAUACAGUGAAGCUGGGCCUAAAGGCAAAAUUUGAGAAUAACUUGUCCAUCACAGUGUUCUUAAUGUAUGUAAGUAUUUGGUUGAGGUGUUAAACACUAAAAUAUGGUACUUUUUCUUUUGGCUGCGUGCUUGAUGAAUUUGUUUUAGCUUUUCUUAGGGUAUUGAAAGCACAUACUCUUUUGCAGAGCUUACUGACAUAAGCUCAGUGAAUUGUUUUGGGUAAGAAGGGAGAAUGAGCUUGCCAUGUGGCAAGCUGAAUGUUUAUACCGAGUUCAAGUUUUUCGUGAACAAGUGGUCCUUUCAGAAUUUAGGCAGCUAGUAUGCACUCCCAAAUUUUCUGUGAUUGCACCGAUUUCACUUCUGCACAAGCCAUUAUUUGCAUUAAUGGUGUAAUGCCUCGUAUAUUAUACGUGACACACCAUAUUCUGUACUUAAAAUCUAUCUAGAUCGACAGUUCAAAGUGAUUCUGCUAAGAAAUAAUAAAGAAAGAAUAGUCUGAAGGCCAUGGCACAUUUUAUGAUAUACUGAAGAUUACAGGAUUCAGCAGGUGAUUUACAAUUCAUGUAAAAGAAGCACUCUCUUGAAUCUCAUUAUAAUCAUUAGCCAUCAAUCAGUGUUAAAACUUUAUUUGUUGAUGCUGUGUAUGCUAUUCAUUACCAACAAUGUGAAAGAUGGCCCUGACAGGACAUAUAUGUUUUUGGUGUUGCUAGAGAGAGUGCAACCUUCAAUAUCUCAGGACCCAUUUCAACAUUGAUAUCACACAGUGUGAAAAGUGCUGUGUGGCAUGUUGUCCACAUACAUAUCCAAAGAAAUAAAGGCCACCAUAAGAAGUGAACAAAGUACUACACUAAAGAACCUGCCAUGUUUGUUUCCAAAUAACAUUUGCAUAUGUAUGAUCUCUGACUUAGUACUUUUGUUCAAUGAUGUAAACCCGUGACCAAAAGUAUACGGACCAGGGAUUUCGCAAUAAAACUAAUUUUCUCCUCUGUCUGUAAAUGCAACUUGAAAUGACAGACUGCAAUCCAAACUUGGCAUUGCAAAUUUUCAAGUGCAAUCGUCAGUUUCCGUUUAUGUGGGUUAAUUAAAAAGAAAUCCAGUUUUUUCAGCGACCCUGUGGUCCGUAUACUUUUGCUCGCGGGUGUACUUGUGUAACAUUGUAUGCAAUUGUGAAGUUCUCAGUGACCUGCAGGUAUAUCUUUUUUCGUUACAUGCUGUUAUAGUAACAAGUUUUUAAAUGAAGCCUUUUGCACUAAUAAUUAGCCUCUUUCUUCGUUCUUCAUUCAUAUUGUGAAAAGUGAUGAAGCUGUCAGAUGCAUUGGAAUUGGAAGUAAAAUGUUAAAGAGAC